AUGGGUGCAUCCUCGACAUUGGCCAUUGGAGAAGUGAACCUGAAACGAAACGCAAUAAAAAGCACCUGUGUGGUCACGACGGAAAACGCUCGGGAGCGGCCUCGACCUCCUCGGCCCCCGGGGCCGGCGCCCGCUGCACCCCAAGGCGGAAUUCGCCCACUGCGGCCUCGAACCCGCGGCCCCCGAGGCGCGGCGCUGCCCUCACCGCCGGCCGCGCGGGGGCAGCAGCGCCCAGCGCCUCCCACCCCGGAGAAGCUGCAGCUGGUCUGCAAUGCCCUCCUGCAGAAGGAUGAGCCGGUGCCUCUGGCCUUCUUCGUCCACGAUGCCGAGAUCGUGGCGUCGCUGGAGAAGACCCUGGCGGGGCAGACGGUGGAGACGGAGAAGGUCCUGGACAUCAUCUACCAGCCGCAGGCGGUGUUCAGGGUGCGGGCGGUGACCCGCUGCACCAGCUCCCUGGAGGGGCACACCGAGGCCGUCAUCUCCGUGGCCUUCAGCCCCACGGGAAAGUACCUGGCGAGCGGCUCUGGAGACACCACCGUCCGCUUCUGGGACCUCAGCACAGAGACGCCGCAGUUCACGGCCAAAGGUCACCGGCACUGGGUGCUCAGCAUCGCCUGGUCGCCCGACGGCAAGAAGUUGGCCUCGGGCUGCAAGAACAGCCAGAUAUUUCUCUGGGACCCAGCCACUGGCAAUCAGAUCGGCCGGGUGCUCACCGGCCACUCCAAAUGGAUCACGUGUCUGUGCUGGGAACCGCUCCACAUAAACCCGGAAUGCCGCUACCUGGCAAGUGCCUCCAAGGAUGGCAGCAUCCGCAUCUGGGACACGCUGAUGGGCAGGUGUGACAAAAUCCUGACGAGCCACACGCAGUCGGUGACGUGUGUGAAGUGGGGGGGCGAUGGUUUGCUCUACUCCUCCUCCCAGGACAGGACCAUCAAAGUCUGGAGGAGCCAGGACGGGGUCCUCUGCCGCACCUUGCAGGGCCAUGCUCACUGGGUGAACACCAUGGCCCUUAGCACCGACUAUGUUCUCCGCACCGGUGCCUUCGAACCUGCUGAAGCCACUAUCAACCCACAGGAUGUAAGCGGCUCCUUGGCAGAGCUGAAGGACAAGGCACAGCAGAGGUAUGACCAAGUCAGGGGCCAGGAACCAGAAAGACUCGUCUCGGGGUCAGAUGAUUUCACACUGUUUCUUUGGAGACCAGCAGAAGACAAGAAGCCACUGGAGAGAAUGACGGGCCACCAGGCAUUGAUUAACCAAGUCCUCUUCUCGCCAGAUACCCGGAUAAUAGCCAGUGCUUCCUUUGACAAGUCCAUAAAGCUCUGGGACGGUAGGACAGGAAAGUACCUGACAUCACUGAGGGGGCACGUCUCGGCUGUGUAUCAGAUCGCCUGGUCAGCCGACAGCCGCUUGCUGGUGAGUGGGAGCAGUGACAGCACGCUGAAGGUCUGGGAUGCCAAGAUGAAGAAACUGGCCAUCGAUCUUCCUGGCCAUGCGGACGAGGUGUAUGCAACGGAUUGGAGCCCAGACGGACAGAGGGUAGCAAGUGGAGGGAAGGAUAAGUGUUUGCGGAUGUAA